UGCAUCCUGGUGGCUGAGAGGGGGUCAACUAUCCAGAAGCCAACAUGGCUGACGAGGUGAAUGCAUUGCCAUUCUUCUAUGGAAACAUCACCAGGGAGGAGGCAGAGGACUACCUGCAGCAGGGGGGCACAAGUAACGGCCUGUACCUGCUACGGCAAAGCCGAAACUAUCUGGGUGGCUUUGCACUGUCUGUGUUGCAUUCAGGCCGCUGCUACCACUACACCAUUGAAAGAGAACCCAAUGACACAUAUGCUAUCGCUGGAGGUAAAAGCCACAGGAGCCCUGUGGAUGUGAUCGACUACCACUCCCAGGAGACGGACGGCCUUGUGUGUCUGCUAAAGAAACCCUGCAACAGGCCCAAGAACAUGCAGCCAAAGGUGGGGCCGUUUGAGGACCUGAAGGAGAAACUGAUCCGAGAGUAUGUGAAGCAGACAUGGAACCUGCAGGGAGCAGCUCUGGAGCAGGCCAUCAUCAGCCAGAGGCCUCAGCUGGAGAAGCUCAUCUCCACCACUGCACAUGAAAAAAUGCCCUGGUUCCAUGGAUCGAUAACCAGAGAGGACUCUGAGCCCAGGCUUCAAAACGGCUCCCGUACAAAUGGAAAAUUCCU